GAUCAGAUUUCAACUCCAGGCAGUCCUGCCAGCCAUGUGGGUUCAGCCGAAUGAGAAGCAAAACCACACUUCCGAAAAUGUCAGGAGCUGCUCCUCGCUUGCUGUGAGGCCUCUGGAUUAGGAGCUGUUUUUCAAAAGAAAGCAUAUCUACUGAAUGGAAUUUUAAUAUUUUGCUGUCAUUUUGAUGUUUUCAUCUGGUCUUCAUCACUUCUACGAGGCACUUCCUGCGAGAAUGGGGGCAGGCGCUCUGGCCAUCUGUCAAAGUAAAGCAGCGGUUCGGCUGAAAGAAGACAUGAAAAAGAUAGUGGCAGUGCCACUAAAUGAGCAGAGAAAUUCUUCCUAUAAAAAGUUAUUUGGCGUCAGCCUCCAAGACCUCCAGCAGCAAGGGCUCACAGAGAACGGCAUUCCAGCUAUAGUGGGGACUCUAGUGGAUUACUUGACGAAGCAUGGACUCACCCAGGAAGGCCUUUUUAGGGUGAAUGGCAAUGUAAAGGUGGUGGAACAGCUCCGAUGGAAGUUUGAGAGUGGAGCGCCUGUGGAGCUUGGGAAGGAUGGUGAUGUCUGUUCCGCUGCCAGUCUAUUGAAGCUCUUUCUGAGGGAGCUGCCAGAGAGUGUGAUCACCUCAACAUUGUACCCUCGAUUCAUUCAGCUCUUCCAGGAUGACAGAAAUGAUGCUCAGGAGAAUAGCUUAAGAGACUUAAUAAAAGAGCUGCCAGACACCCACUACUGCCUCCUCAAGUACCUAUGCCAGUUCUUGACCAAAGUAGCCAAGCACCAUGUAGAGAAUCGCAUGAAUGUUCACAAUCUCGCCACUGUAUUUGGGCCAAAUUGCUUUCAUGUGCCACCUGGGCUUGAAGGCAUGAAAGAACAAGACAUCUGCAACAAGAUAAUGGCUAAAUUACUAGAAAAUUAUAAUACUCUGUUUGAAGUAGAGCAUACAGAAAAUGAUAACCAGAGAUAUGAAAACCUGGCUAGGCUUAUCAUAGUAAAAGAGGCCAGUUGUAAGAACCCCUUACCUAAUAUCCUUCUAACAAAAGACUUAGAAAGAGACAUGCAAAAACCAUCUCUAAAAACCAGGAUCCCCAAAUCCAGGAGUGAAGGGUCUAUUCAGGCCCACAGAGUUCCACAAUCAGAGCUAUGUGAUGGCCUUCCUCAGGUCAGCCUGCAGCUAAGUCGUAGAAAACCCUAUUGGGAUGACAUGAGUUCAGCAGAGGAUGCUAAUGUUGCAAAGUUGGUAUCCAGUUCGCAAGAAGAUGAAAGACCUAUAUCACCUUUCUAUUUGAGUGCGCAUGUAUCUCAAGUCAGCAGUGUUUCGACGACUGGAGAACUCUUAGAAAGAACCAUCCGGUCAGCAGUAGAACAGCAUCUUUUUGAUGUUAAUGGCUCUGGAGGCCAAAGUUCAGAGGACUCAGAAUCUGGACCAUCAUCAGCAUCUUCAGCCACAUCAGCCAGACAGCGCCGCCGCCAGUCCAAAGAGCAGGAUGAAGUUCGACGUGGCAGAGAUGUGGGACUUAUCAACAAAGAAAAUAUUCCUUCCGGGUUCAACAGCCUCGAAGAUUGUAUUUUGAAUCCUCAGGAAGUGGAAAAGUUAUAUGAAAAUACUUCCAGUUAUAUUGGAGAAAGGGGUAAACCUAAACGUCAGAAAUCCAGUUCCAAACUUUCUGAACUCAAUGAAAAUCAAGAUGGUCUUUUGAAUAUGGAAAGCCUCAGUUCUACAGCAUCUCAUGAGAGGCCUGGGACUGAUGACGUUGAACUGAUGUCCGAUGAAAGCAAAGAAAAUGAAAAAGACGGCAGACACACCCCGCAUUUUGAGAGCCCCACAAUGAAGAUUCAGGAGCAUCCCAGCAUACCUGACACCAAACUGCAGAGGACUCAAGAUACCGAUGACCAGCAGGAGAGCUUUGUCUCCGAAGUGCCUGAGCUGGACCUGACUGCAUUGUGUGAUGAGAAGAGCUGGGAAGACCCUGUCCCUACCUUCUCAUGGCAGCAGGAGAGUGUGGACUCUGAUGAAGCACGCCUCUCCCCACAGGCUGGGCGCCUGAUUCGCCAGCUUCUGGAUGAAGACAGUGACCCUAUGCUCUCUCCUCGGUUCUAUGCUUAUGGGCAGAGUAGGCAAUACCUGGAUGACACGGAAGUGCCUCCCUCUCCCCCAAAUUCCCAUUCUUUCAUGAGGCGCCGGAGCUCCUCUCUCGGGUCCUAUGAUGACGAGCAGGAAGACCUGACACCUGCCCAGCUCACACGAAGGAUUCAGAGCCUUAAAAAGAAGAUCCGAAAGUUUGAAGAUAGAUUUGAAGAAGAGAGGAAGUACAGACCUUCCCAUAGUGACAAAGCAGCCAAUCCUGAGGUUCUAAAAUGGACAAAUGACCUUGCCAAAUUCCGGAAGCAGCUUAAAGAGUCCAAACUGAAGAUAUCUGAAGAGGAUCUAACCCCCAGGAUGCGGCAGCGAAGCAACACGCUCCCCAAGAGUUUCGGUUCCCAGCUUGAGAAAGAAGAUGAGAAGAAGCAAGAGCUCAUAGAUAAAGCAGUAAAGCCUAGCGUCGAAGCCACGCUGGAAUCCAUCCAGAGGAAGCUCCAGGAGAAGCGGACAGAAAGCAGCCGUCCUGAGGACAUUAAGGAUAUGACCAAAGACCAAAUUGCUAACGAGAAAGUGGCUCUGCAGAAAGCUCUGUUAUAUUAUGAAAGCAUUCAUGGGCGGCCGGUAACCAAGAAUGAACGUCAGGUUAUGAAACCGCUAUAUGACAGAUACCGGCUCGUCAAACAGAUCCUGUCCCGAGCCAACACCAUACCCAUCAUUGGAUCCCCCUCCAGCAAGCGGAGAAGCCCUUUGCUGCAGCCAAUCAUCGAGGGAGAAACUGCUUCCUUCUUCAAGGAGAUAAAGGAAGAAGACGAGGGUUCGGAAGACGAUAGCAACACAAAGCCAGACUUCACGGUCACUCUGAAGACUGAUUUCAGCGCACGGUGCUUCCUGGACCAAUUUGAAGAUGAUGCUGAUGGAUUUAUUUCCCCGAUGGACGAUAAAAUACCGUCAAAAUGCAGCCAGGACACCGGGCUUUCGAAUCUCCAUGCUGCUUCAAUACCAGAACUCUUGGAACACCUUCAGGAAAUGAGAGAAGAAAAGAAAAGGAUUCGAAAGAAACUUCGUGACUUUGAAGACAAUUUUUUCAGACAAAAUGGAAGAAAUAUCCAGAAGGAAGACCGGGCUCCCAUGGCUGAAGAAUACAAUGAAUAUAAGCACAUAAAGGCGAAACUAAGGCUCUUGGAGGUGCUCAUCAGCAAGAGAGACACUGAUUCCAAGUCCAUGUGAGGAGGCCAGCCCCCAGCCCGAGCAAAGGGGGCUGAAGGUGUGGGCCGAGCUUGUCACCCACCUCCCCUAGUUAAUAGCGGCUCUGCAAAAACUGGAAGGCAGCACUGGUACUGGACCUGCAAAGCAUGUGGCCCGUCCACCUCCGGGCCUUUGGGGGUCAGCUCCGGUUUCCAUUGCCUCCCGCAGAAACUGCCUAGAUGGAAGAGGGCAACUUGCCUCCAUUUAAGAAUUUGGUGAGGAAAAGACAAGACCCUGCAGGCGCACGUGGCCCCUGCCAGGGAAGCCUUCCUAGCGCUAGUGGUGGUGGAUCACUACAUGGACACCCGCUCAUCUGCAGAGAAUACACACUGUUCUUCCCUGGGUAACUGAGAAACAUGCCUAACUGUGAUGUAGAAACCAACCAACCAACCAACCAGCUCAGGACUUCACUCUGGACAGCGAGCUUGCUAUGCAGGUCCACGUUCUCUUCGCACCCAGGAAAGCAGGAACGUGCGUUGGAGCCCUAUUUGCUGCCGCGGGGCCAUUCCCAUGACCUCUCCAUAGAGCUGUCCCUCCCCUGUCGCGUGAAUGGACCCCCCCUUGGUUCUCAGGUAGACGGGAGCCGCGUCCGCCCCGCUCAGUGGCACAGUCAUCUGUUUGCUGGUGUGUUUCUUUAACACGCCCUCAGCUGACGCAGAAUUUUGAUUCCGGACUAGGACUGGAUCAUCUGCGGAGGACAGAGGGAAUAUAGCUAGGUUAUUGCUGAUUUCGAAAUCAGGCAACAGGGUGAAGAGCCUGGAAGAUUCUUUCCCGAACGUGGAUUGCACUUAAUUGGUCUCAGAUUUUCACAUCGAACACUAAGCAAAGCCAGCAUGCUAUGGCAUCCUGGUUGGGGCUUGAUUACAUUUUGGCUCUAGCCACGCAUUAAAGGAUCUUGCUUAAUUCUUAGCUUAAGUGUUGAGGAUCAUGAGAGAGAGAAAGAAAGCGCCUGUGUUCUAAGCCUUCCGAGUAUUUACCAGAGUUUAAAGGUUUUUUUCUAAAGUAAACCUGCACUAAAAUCCCCUCACUGAGGGGUAACAUGUAGCCCUGAGAACUCAGCCCAAGGCAGAAUCUAAAUCACACUAUUUUCAAGAUCAUGUAUAAGAAGAAAAAUAACGGUGUGUGGUCACUUAAUGAUUAUAAUUUUUUCAAAGACUAUGUCACAAAAGCUGUCUAUAUCAGACAUUUUGGGAAGUCCAGGGAAUUUAAAACACCAGAUCAUUCAUCUCUUCACUGUGCUGAUGUCGCCUUGUGAUUUGUUGUUACUUUUGAACCUUCUGUGUCUGCACGGAGGAAAGUGAAUUCUGCUUCUGCCUUCCGUCCAAGGCCCGGGUUUGCGCUCGACGAGGUGGGCUCCGGUGUGUGCACAGCAGCUGCUGGCUGCCAGGAGGAGGCAUCUGAGCAGCCUCUGCCGUUUUGAAGAUAACGCCGCAGGAUGAACAGGAAGUCAGGCUGCCCUCCUGUAGGUUUUGAGAGUUGCCAUCUUAAAGGAUACCGUUUUGGUUUGUUUGUUAAGAAGAAAAAAAUAAAGAGAACAUAAAACUCUACUGACCAGUUGUCAGCUUCAAAAUGAGUUCUUGAGAAACUGGUCGGAUGGGACUGACUUACGGAGGUGUUUUCCAUUGCUGAAGUGAGGUGGAAGCUGUCCAGUUUUCCACUGGAAACAGUGGAAAACUGUUCUAAGUUGGGAGGAGGGGGAAAAGAAUACCUUUAAGUUUGCUCUUAAAAAUAAUCCUAUAGAAGCAUGAGCUGUGUGUUGGAAGUGCCCUGUGUUAAUCCACACAUUGAAAGACGGUACAUAACCCUACAAAUUUAACUGUACAUGAAUAUGUAGUUUGGUAUUCUUUGCUCUACUGUUUACAUUGCAGAUCACUAUAAUUUCAAGGAGUUAUAUUAUAAAUAAAAUUAAGCACUUUAGGACAUUUUCUAUUUUUGAAAUCUGAACAUGAAUCAUUCACAUGACCAAAAAUUGUAUUUUUUAAAAGAAAUACAUGUCUAGUCUGUCCUUUUUUGAGUAAUUAUUCUCGUAAAUAAGCUAUAAUAUAAAUCAAGUCAUUACCAGUUAACCUUUAAAGCACAUCUGUUUAAGAGUAUUGUUUUGAAAAUACUAAUAUGCUACAGAAUUUUAAAAGAAACAUGCUAUAUAAAUGAGGAGUUACUAAAUGUUUGAAAUCUGUAGUUUCUGCCAAAGGUAAAUUAAGGAAAAGAUUUAUCCAGGACUCCCCAUUCAAAUUUGUAUGAUUGAAUAAACGAAAACACCAAGUUACAGUCAAAUAAAUUGUGUAUGGAAUGUCGUGUUCUCCUUUGUAAUUUCUAAUCGAUAUUAACUUUAUAGAACGGCGCCCAGAUAAAGGGCGGAAAAACUCUGUUUACACCAGAUCCUAUUUGAAGACAUGGCAGUAGGUUCUGGUUCUGCCAGAAAUGCUGAGGCAAAUUUGUUUCCACAGCAACCAUUUCUGCAGCCCAGGGUCUCAAGGCCCUAGAGGCAGUGUCUUAAUUGGCUUCACACAGAAUACUCGGGACUGGGGUUUUUCCUUUGCUCUCUUGGGAAUGUGUGUUUAUUGGCACAUGCCAACAAAAUAAAUGUCAGGGGUUAUUUAAUAACAAUGAUAAGUAAAGGUGAAGCAUGAAUAAACUUGAUUUUAUGAUUGUAAGAAUUAGAAAUGGCAGAGGCCUGCAAUUUUCACAAGCAUUUGCUUUUUUGUGUUCAGUCUGGAGUAAACAUUGAAAUAGAUGUUUAUGUUCGGUCGGUAUGGUAUCAUUACUGCGUUUCGUCUCUGAAUCAUUUAGUUUGAAUUUCACUUUUCAGACAUGUAUGUGCAAGGUUUAGGAGAAGGGCCUGCUUACUUUCAGAUGGCUGGCUUAUCUUUUACUGUUAGAAGAAAGCUCACACAACCUCAGUGAUCUAUCUGCCUGAAUUCAGGGGAAAUUUCCACGGAAGACCAAACCAAAUUUCAAACUGGAGAACUGAUUUUUUUUUAAUGCUAGCUAUAAUGCACUGAGAGCUAAAAAUUAGAUUUCUUCCAUCUAGUUGCCAGUUUGAAGUCAAAAGCUUAUUCUUUAUUGCCUAGGCAGGGAUCAGCCACGUCUCUAUUUGUAACAUCGGUGUAAUUUUGGCUUUGUCUCAUUCUGAUGCAAUGCUUGCGUGGUGGCGGAGGAGGCUGUUGCAGAGUGUCCCUGCUCCCAGGUGUGGCGUUUCUAGCCUGGGACCAAUGUCGCAAGGCUGUGCUUAUAUCAUGAAUAUUGCACGGAGAUGUUCUGAGGCCUGCAGUCCUAGAGCCCCUGAGGCUGAGCAUUUGUGAAUGUGGUUGAGCUUGGAAUUCCUAAUAAGAUGAAUAUUUAGGUUUAUAAAAGGGGCUGCCGUGGUAACCGAUUAUGCUGGUUCUUAAUAGAACUUCCUACUUCUCAGCAAACAGAAUUGGGCCCAAUAUACAGAACUGAUCAUAUUUACAAGGAAAAUCAGAUUUCAGUUUGUUGAUUAACCUUUUAAAAGAGACUCUUAAUCUGAUAAUGGAGAUGUCACUUUUCUUAACAAUAAGUGUUAAGAAACUUUUGAAGGUCUAUUUAUAGUUGAAUGUCAUAAACCAUCAUCUGCCUUAUGAAAAGUUGGCUGUAGUCUAAAAUUCCAUUUUGCAUUCAAGAAGGAUCUCCCUGACACACUGCGUCCUAGAGGAUUUUUUCACCCCUAGAUGGAGAGAGGUGGUUUCUGUAGCAAGACCAACACCUCCUUUAUGUUCUUUUUCAGUAUCCACUCGGUUGCAUCAAUAGGGAGGGACAAAGCCGCCUGGAAGUGUGAAGCAGUGUCUCUUCUGAAGUACAUAUGUGUGGCAGACAUCACAAUGUGCUUUCUUUCCUUUUAUUCCUCACUUUUAGUUUUUCUCCACUUGACCCACAAAACAUACUCUUCAGUACCCUCAAAAUGUACUACAGAGUGCAUUUUGUCAUAAGACUAGCUAAAUCUAUUUCCACAUGUUUAUUCAAAUUCUGCAUGCUGACACUCUACAUGGUCAACACGGCCUGCUCCACACAAGGGUGAUCUGUAAGGCAGGCACUGCAUGGUGCCACCGCGCUGGUCAAUGGCAGAGUAGCGAUUGUGCCCCUGCGGGCAUUUGCACUCUUCUAUGAUCCUUCAUAAUAGAAGUAUGUACACAGGCUGAGAUUAGUUACAGAUUUACACAAACGUGUAUAUAAAAUGAAAUAUGUACAUCCACAAGUUCAUAUGGCUGUGAAAUUGCAGUUCUGUCUCUAGAGACUCCUUCUGCCUGGAACCCGCCCUGCUCUUGUGGUCAUGUGCGUGGCUCGAGAAAUUGGUUGGGCAGAUCUGAUUCUCAAUCUGAAAGCAUCUAUCCAUACUGUCCUGAAAAUCUCCAAGAGUAGAUACAAUUUUAGUUAAUAAUAUGGGCCCAGAACAAUGUUUACAUGACAUGUAAGCAGAAAGUAUUUGAAAUUACAGCUGUCCUUUUUUAAAAUGUAAACUGAAUGAAAAAAUGUUAUGUACAUUUUUGUACAUGACUGUAUUUUGUAUAAACUGAAAUAAAAUAUUUUUAACUGUGAA